AUGCCUCAUCAACGCCGAUCUCGUUACAACCAGCAUCCGAGCUUGUGGAGCAGAUGGCAGCUCAGUUACUGUACGUCAACAACGACAGAGGGGAGACUGAACAUUGAUACAAGGAGCACAUGUGGUGGGUGUGGGUCUAAGCUGCAGUGUGACGACGCGGGUAAACCAGGGUACGUCCCUCGUGAUAAGUUACUGCAGUAUCUGGCAGGACCAGACACUGCUGUUGGAUUAGAAGAAGAGGAACGUGAAAAAGAGAAUGGAGACUUGGAUGAGGGGGAAGCAGAGGAGAUUUUUAGAAACCCGCAGCAGAGGCUCAUCUGUAAACGAUGCUUCUCUCUGAAGCACUACAACACGGCACUGAAUGUGACUCUCCAAGCAGAGGACUACCAACGGCACCUCUCACACCUCCGCCACAAACGCGCCCUCAUCCUCCUAGUAGUGGAUGUGAUAGACUUCCCGGGCAGUCUCUUCCCCGACCUCAGCACCCUCGUCUCCCCAGUCAGCCGUGUCCUGGUCGUGGGGAACAAGAUAGACCUUCUGCCUCGAGACAGCGACGGAGACCUCCGGAGAAGAUUGGAGGGCGUGAUACUGGACGAGUGUCUGAGCUCCAGUUUGAGAGAUCGUACGGUGCUGGGUGUGGAGUUCACAAGUGUGAAGUCGGGGGAGGGGCUGGAGAGGCUGGCCAAUACAGUGAUGGAGUCCUGGGGGAACAGAGGAGACGUGUACUUACUGGGCUGCACCAAUGUCGGGAAAUCGUCUCUCUUUAACUAUCUCUUGAUGAGUCUCUGUGGAGCCACACCAGGAGAACUGGUGGGAGGAGAAAGAGGAGGAGGAGUGGGUGUGCCUCCACCAGUUGCCACCAUUUCCCACUGGCCUGGCACCACAAUGGGUCUACUCAGCUUUCCCCUCAUGUCGGUGGGGAAGAGGAGGAGGUUGAUCAGUAGGGGGGUCAGGGAAUUGGGUCUGGAGAGACACUCGAUCCUGGUACCAACCACCACCUCUGUCAGGAUGGAGGGAGACGACAAGAGAGCGAGUACUGAAGUCGCUCAGAACAGGUUCUGGCUCCACGACACUCCGGGAGCCAUCAAUGAUGCACAGCUGAUAAAUCUGCUGACCACCAAAGAGUUGAAGCUGGCUCUUCCCAAGAAGCCUCUCAAACCUCGCACCUUUAUCCUUAGACCUGGCCAGUGUCUCAUGCUAGGUGGCUUGGCAAGACUGGACUACUUUGAUGGAUCAAAAUCUGCCUACUUCACUGUGUUUGCUGCUUCGUACAUCCCUAUUCAUGUAACGAGGGUCGAUAAGGCUGAUCAAGUCUGGGCUAACAACUUGGGGAAGCCACUACUGAAGGUGCCGUUUGGAGAAGUGGAGCGACAGGCGAGAUUUCCUACCCUCUCGCCUCAGCUGGUCUCCGUCACUGGCAGUGGCUGGAGAACCAGCUCAGCUGACAUCAUCCUCUCGUCUGCAGGCUGGGUCGCCGUCACCAUGGCCCAGGGAGAGGAAGUUUCUCUGAUGGCCUAUACACCCGGAGGUGGAGGAGUAUCCUGUCGUCGCCCGUCCCUCUACCCCACUGCAGUCAACCAACGUGGGAAGAGGUUGAGAAACCGCAACCACAGAGCCCCGUUCAUUGGGCAGUGACCUUUUCUCUACAGAAACUUCCUGUGGCAAAUUAUCAACUCUUCCGCAGUUUGUUCAUCCAAACAGUCAUGUUUUGUUAAGUUUACCACUAAAUACCCUUUGCAUUGCAUGCACCGUGGAUCACAUAAUGGUAUAAUAAUGGGGGCCCCCAACUUUAAUGGAGUUGGUACAUACUCAAUAUACUGUAGGAAGGUAAGGCUGCUUCACAGACUAUACAUUGAGGCUGUGACAAUUGCCAGGUGAAUAGGAUGAACUGAUGAGGAAGAGAUCAGACUAUCUUCUCAAGCUCGCGAGCGUAGCCAAGGUACUCCUGUAUGAGCAGCUGGUUUUGCACAAAAUGGAGCGUCUCUUUCUUUUCCUGUCGUGGGAAGACAAAGAAGUUUCUGUCGUCGCUCGUGGCCCACUCCCGUUCCCUCACGUACUGCUCCAACUGGUCCUCUGACUCUAUCAUCAGAACCUUUGCCGCCUCAGCGACCGAUAUCUUUCCGUACGCCUUCUCGAUGCAGGAAGCUAUCUCGUUCCUGAUGGUACCUAUGAGUAUGUCCAUGAAGUAGUUGUAGUUCUGUGCCGGGACGUUGCCUUUCAGCAGGAGAACUUUGUGGAAACUUCCCUCCAUGAGGAACUGCUCCAGCGAUAUCGGGUGCUUGAUGUAUAUGUUCUUGAGUUCCUCCACGGUCAGCCUCUCCAGCUCCGUGUGGAACUCGGCCAGUCGGUUCUCCGCCAGCAGACCGAGAAAGUUGAGGCCCAGGAUCUGGUACUUGAACGCCGACUCUGGGAGGAGGGAACUGUAGUCGAAGUAGUAGCACUUGAGUCGGGCGAUGUAGCGCUGGAACGAGGGGAUGUCCCGCUUCUCGAUGCUCCAGAGGGCGCCAAUCUCCAGGGUGUUUCGGGCCAACACGAGCUCCCUCGGGUCCAGGCUGGCGUUCUCCGAGGGGAGGAAGGAGAGUGAGAGGAUGAGAACUCUCAUUUGGGAGAGUUUGGUGCCCGUGUCGUCCAGGUCCCUCCGCCCCCACGCCGCCUCCAGCUGUUGGUAGGCCGCGGUGACUGUUUCUAGAGGCAUGUCUAAAAGAUUGGUUGGCUGAGUUACAAGCGUAAUGUCCAAAGGAGUUGUCGGAGAAGAGGAAGAUAGCGAAAACGUAAAACCACGCCUAGAAGCUGCGCACGUGAGCACCCACGUGGCGCUUUUCGCAGCACGAAUCCACUUUCUAGGCCUUAGAGUCUCUGUGUUACUCGAGGCGUGGGCUCUUCUGCUCCUUUUCCCUUUCCAAUAAACAAAAUGGUGCUCUUUGUGUUGUACGAGCACGCCGCUGGCUACGCCGUCUUCCGUUGCCGUGACGUAGAGGACAUUGGCUCCCUGCUGCCAGAGGUCCAGGCGGCGAUGACAGACUUCUCUCUCUUCAACUCCACCGUGACGCUGGAAGCUUUCGCUCCAUUCAAAUCUGGAGCCAAUGCCCUAGAGAACAUCAACGCCGUCUCGGAAGGUCUGAUGCACGAAGACCUCCAGACCUUUCUCCUCAACAAUGUUCCCCGGGGCAAGAAGAAGAAGGCAAAAGUGACACUGGGAGUGAGUGACUCAAAACUGGGCUCUGUGAUCAGCGACACACUGGAAAUUCACUGUCAGAUUGGAGGUGUGGUUAACGAGGUAAUGCGAGGUGUGAGGCUCUAUUUCCACAAGUUGGUGGAAGGUCUUCCAGCUCUCUCUGUAGCCAAGGCCCAACUCGGUCUCGGUCACUCGUACUCCCGGGCCAAGGUCAAGUUCAACGUGCAUCGCUCCGACAACAUGAUCAUACAGACCAUCAGUCUCCUGGACCAACUGGACAAAGACAUCAACACGUUUGCCAUGAGGAUCAGAGAGUGGUACUCUUACCACUUCCCAGAACUGAUCAAGAUAGUUCCCGACAACCAGAUGUACGCCCGUGUGGCCCGCUACAUCGGCGACAGGAAGAGUCUGAACGAGGAGAAGAUGGAGGGGCUGGAGGAGAUUGUCCUCGACUCAACCAAGGCACAGGCGAUCGUGGAGGCUGCCCGCAUGUCCAUGGGAAUGGAUGUGUCGCCACUGGACCUCAUGAACAUUCAGAGGUUUGCCUCUCGCGUUGUGGAGCUCGCCGACUACAGGAAGAAGCUGGCGUCCUAUCUGAGCUCAAAGAUGAGCAGUGUCGCUCCUAACCUUACCACACUUAUAGGAGAACAGGUGGGGGCGAGGCUGAUCUCCCAUGCAGGUUCCCUGACCAGUCUUGCCAAGUACCCUGCCUCCACUGUCCAGAUCCUGGGAGCUGAGAAAGCUCUCUUUAGAGCCCUCAAGACCAAGGGGAACACCCCCAAGUAUGGUCUGAUAUUCCACUCGACUUUCAUCGGUCGGGCCGGACCCAAAAACAAAGGUCGGAUCUCGAGGUAUCUCGCCAACAAGUGCUCCAUCGCCUCGCGCAUCGACUGUUUCAGUGAGCAACCCACGACGGUGUUUGGUGAGAAACUUAGGGAUCAGGUGGAAGAAAGGCUUUCCUUUUUUGAGUCGGGGGAGCUUCCCAGGAAAAACAUUGUCGUGAUGCAGGAGGCAAUCUCUCAGCUUCAAGCCGACAAGAUGGACCUCUCUUUGGACGCCUCCUUCACUGCUGGGGAAAGUGGUGGUGGGGAGAAGAAAAAGAAGAAGAAAAGGAAGCGGAAGGAGACGGAGGAGGGGGAGGGGGAGAGUGGAGAGACAGAGGCGAAGGAUCCGGUAGCUGCUGACCCUGAGGAUCCCACACCGAAGAAGAAGAAAAAGAAAAGGAAGAGUUUGCAACAACCGGAAGACUGACUUACUACAUUGUUGCUGUCUGCGAAAAUAUUGUAUAAUAGUAUUUAUACCGUGUGCUAAUUAUUUUUGCUGACACGCGCGCACGCGACCGCGCGCGCAUAUCACGGUGGUACGCGGUAUAAAAAGGGGCUGCGACCCGCGUGGACAAUCAAAAUCGACUCC